GCUGGCUCAAACGAUCUGGUAGACGACUUCGAUUUUACGGAUAUUGACCAUGUUAUGGAAACCAUGAAGGAGAACGUUAAAGAUCAACUUGCCGAAACGAAAGCAGCCGCUGAUGCUGAACAGCCGGAACAAAAAGCCACGAGUGCGCCCGGACCGCCAGAUGUUUCCACGAGGAAUCUGCAGGACUUGCUGAACACUUUGAACGAAAUGAAUGUGAGAAAGCUGGCGAAGACAUACUUGCCUUAUCUCAAGGCAUGGAAUGCACUCGAGAGCCACUUGAAGGCUCUGACACAAUUCUCCAGCAAAGUCGACGAAGAAACGCCACGUGUUGUAGAACCUGUGGACAUUAAGGGAGGAGACGAACUACGCGAUGCCUUAGAGAAUGUCAAAAACGCACGCGAGGAUGGCUUCGGUUUCUUGAAAGAGCCAGUAACGAAGCUCGAAUCGGCAGCGCAAG